AUGGCGCGGAGGGACUCGCCAGGAAAGGAGAAUAGAGAGAACAAAGAGAUCAGCGUUGGGGAACUGCUACUCGCGUCGCUGGGAAAGGUGUCGCUGAGGAAGGAGGUGCCGACGAGUGAGACGAAGAGGGAGGUUGGCGGUGGCGGCAUUCUUCGUCCGAACCCUAACUCCCCCUCCAUUCGCACAACACAGCUGGGUCGAGCCUAG